GGCACCGGAAGAUCAUACAAAAAUGGCUGCUUUGUAUAUAUUAUUCAUUAUAGUGAUUUCGUACUUUGUGUGUUCGGUUUUGAAAAAAAGACAGAAAGAAAAGAAAUUUCCUGGCCCCCCAGGUAAACCUUUUCUAGGUGUGUUGUUUGAUUUGGAUUUGGAUAAACUCUACGUUGUACUCCAUAAAUGGAGUAAACAAUACGGGGAUCUAUUUCAGUUUACAUGUGUAGGUAAAAAGUUUCUUGUCGUCAGCUCAUCGGAACUCGCUCGAGAUCUCUUUCUGAAAGAGCCUACAGCAACUACGACGGCUGGUCGACCUGCGACGUUUAUUGGUCAAUAUUUUUUUCGGCCUAAUAGUGAUGUUGUUUUUGUCACAACGCCGGACAAAAAUUGGACAAAGAGGAGGAAGAUGAUGUACAAGACUUUGAAUGCAUAUGGAGAGGGGCUUAUGGACAGAGAAAGACAAAUCACACAAAACUUGAUUACUAUGAAGAAUGAGAUCCAGUCGUUCAUUGGUCAAACUGUUGAUCCGAGCGAUAUUGUGGAAGAAUUUAUCCUAAACACUAUUGAAGAUUUGCUGAUUGGACGAAGUUUCGGUAGACACGGUCAACUUCAAUCCUUGAUGAAGAGAUUCGAUCACAAGUUCAACGAAAUCACAAACAUGGGGCAUGAUAUUGUGUACGGUGCACUUCCAUUUCUUCGGUUUUUACCGCUCCCACAUUCGGCAAAACUUAAAAAUGUGUUGAAAAUGAAAGACCAGUUAAUGGACAUGUUAGACAGUAUGUCGAAAGAAGAAACAGGGGACAAAGGCGUAUAUCAAUUUCUAAAGAACAAAACCUUGGAACGAGAUCCAUCCGGACAUCAGUGGUUUAGCGACUUCCAUCUUUGGUCCAUGAUCGUGGACCUAAUCGGGGCUGGUCACUUGACCACAAGAGGAACAUUGCUAUCCAUGAUUCAUAUAUUGGCAAAACGACCGGAUCUUCAGAAGUCACUCCAAACAGAAGUUGACAAUGCGAUCGGUGCUACUAGAAAACCAAAUUUGGCCGACAGGCGGCACUGUGCAUUGGUGGAAUCGGUUACCAUGGAAACACUUCGUUAUAUAUCACAUUCUCCAAUUCUUCUCCAUACCACAACAGAGAUGACAAAUAUCGCCGGUGUUCCUGUGGAUAAAAACACAAUUAUUACCGUCAAUGCAUGGGCUAUCCAUCAUAGCGAUAGGGAAUGGAACGAGCCUUUCUCAUUUAAGCCUGGGAGAUUUCUACAGCCUGAUGGCAGCUUAAGGCCGUCUACUGACCCUGUCAGAAAAAGAAUGCUUGCCUUCGGAAUCGGAAAACGAAGUUGUAUCGGUGAGGUGUUCGCAAAGUCCAGAAUUUUUCUCUUCCUGGCUACUCUUAUGCAGAGUUUCACAAUCUUGGAGCCUGAGGGUUGUGAACUUCCAGACUUUCUGCCAAAGGAUAUGGAGCCGGGACUGCUUCUGCAACCCAAGCCGUACAAAUUUGUCUAAUGAAAGGUGAAGACAAUGAACAGUGCUCAAUCUCAUAACUCCUAUAAGCAAUACAAACUAGAUAGUUGGGCAAACACGGGCCCCGGACACACCAGAGGUGGGUUCAGGUGCCUAGGAGGAGUAAGCAUCCCCUGUUGACCGGUCACACCCGCCGUGAGCCCUAUAUCCUGAUCGGGUAAACGGAGUUAUCCGUAGUUAAAAUGAGUGUGCCAAGAACGGCCUAACAAUCGGUAUGAAACAUAUCAGACAGCAUUUGACCCAAUGAUAGGUUGUAUUGACGAACUAGAUAGCUAUAAAGACCAUAUAAUUAAAUGUGAAGAAUGUGGUCAUGAUCAGUGUAAUAAAUAAUAAUCUGCUUGAUAAAUUGUAUCAAUUGGAAACAUUUGUAUAGAAGAACGAUCAAUUUUGCUUUGAAUUUCAAAUUUCCAUAAAAUCAUUGCAGAGCCAUAUAUAUUUCAUACCAUAGCACACCAUGGUAUAUGUCUCUGGUCACCGCAAUAUUAAAUCUUAUUCUACAA